AUGAAACCCACCGCGUCCGGACCCAAAGUCCUGCUGGGAGAUCUCUUGCAGUCAGCCGAAGCGGGCUGUCCUGGAUGUGGCGUGCUUGUCAAAGCUAUUCGCCACCAUGCGCCCGAGCAAAUACGGAGCCCAGAACCAUUUGAGCUGAGAAUGUACGAAGAGCGCGGUUUUCUUAUCUUAGCUGUCGUGUCCAGGAAUCCGCCUUACACCAAGGCGAGAGGCGAAGACCAGACGCGCCAGACGCGCCAGACGCUGAUCGAGCUGUUUUCACAAGAUUAUGAAUCGUGCCUGUGGUCAUUGAUUCCGACUAUGCAUGAUGUGCCACAUCCAGAAUCCGUCUCGAGUCCCGAGCUUCUCUCGCAGGCUCGCCAGUGGAUUGCAGGAUGCGAAGCUAGCCACGCAGCAUGUGUAUCACCCCUCUCAUUUUCACUUCCGAAGAGGCUAGUUCAGAUCCAACGUUCUCCCCGAGGGAAACAUGACAAAUUUAGCCUUCGUCUGUUGGAGACGAAGCCGGGGGAUAUCGACCGCUACGUCUGCUUGAGCCACUCCCGGUGCAUGAAUCCAAUCAUAACGACGCAGCGGCGGAAUGUGGACCUACAUUACGCCGCCAUUCCCUGGGACAGUCUCCCCAAGACAUUUCAGGACGCGAUCCAAUUCGUUUUUGAGCUAGGCAUAGGCUUAAUUUGGAUCGACUGCCUUUGCGUUGUUCAGGAUGAUGAUGCUGACCGCCGGGAAGAGGCAGCGAAGAUGCCCGCUUACUACUGGAACUCCUACUUUACGCUCGGUGCAGCAUCAGGCGCUGAUAGCUCAGCAGGUCUGCUUCGCAGGGGCGUCGGCGAAGGAACCACACUCCAGAUCGCUGCCACAGAUGAAAGGACAUCCAAACGAUUCUACAUCACGGCAAGAAAACCGCUAACCCACCAAUUCGAAACCAUCGAUAACGAAAAAGAACGUCUUCUCUCGACGCGUUUCCUCCGUUUUGGUCCUCAAGAACUCAUUUGGGAAUGUCGCCAAACAACUGACUGCCAGUGCGGUGGUGUGGCUCAAAAGUCCGAGGCGCAAUUCCAAUCCAAUGCUGCCUUGAGGAGAUAA